UCAUUGUAAUUCUUUUAUCCAUUUCUUUAGCUGUAAACCAAAAAUAAAAACACUGAAAUUCAACUCAUUUUCUCAAUCAAAUUCAACCCAAUCCCCCAAUUCAUCCAAAUUACUCUCAACAUUCCCAAUUUCUCUCCAAUUUUUCAAUUUCUAAAUCAAAACCCCAAAUCUUUGUUCCUCAAUCCCUAACUUUUAGGGUUUUUACUCUCUUCCCAGAUCUACCUAAAAUAAUGCUCAAUUUCAGUUCAUUUACCCUUAAAUUCACUGUUUUUAACUUUGAUUAGGGUUUAUCUUUAUUUGGACUUUGAGUUAUUCAGCUCAGUACUGAAAUGGCUGCUUUGCAGCGAGUGGCGUCGUCUAUUAGUCCGACCGUUAGUAAUUACUGCUCUUCUGGUUGUAAUACUGGUGCUGUCAGUUCUAGUAAUGCUGACGUGGCUGUUACUAAUCAGUUUCCUGUUGGUUUACGGGUGUUGGUAGUUGAUGAUGAUACUACUUGCUUGAGAAUUCUCGAGCAAAUGCUUCGCCGUUGCCGUUAUCACGUCACCACUUGUUCCCAGGCGAAAGUAGCUUUGAAUCUACUAAGGGAACGGAAAGGUUGUUUUGAUGUGGUGCUAAGUGAUGUUCAUAUGCCCGACAUGGAUGGAUUUAAGCUUCUUGAGCUUGUUGGGUUAGAAAUGGAUCUUCCAGUUAUUAUGAUGUCUGCUGAUGGAAGGACAAGUGCUGUAAUGAGAGGAAUUAGACAUGGAGCCUGUGAUUAUUUGAUUAAACCUAUACGCGAGGAAGAGCUCAAGAACAUAUGGCAACACAUUGUUAGGAAAAAGUGUCAUGAUAAUAGAGAAACGGAACAGUCUGGGAGCAUGGAAGAUAAUGAUCGGCAUAAACGAGGAAAUGAAGAUAGCGAAUAUGCUUCUUCUGUUAAUGAAGAUACAGGAGUUUUGAAAGGUCAGAAGAGAAAGAACAAUUAUAAAGAUGAAGAUGAUGGUGAACCAGAAAAUGAUGAUCCAUCCUCAUCAAAGAAACCACGUGUUGUAUGGUCAGUGGAGCUCCAUCAACAGUUUGUCAGUGCUGUAAACCAGCUUGGAAUUGAUAAGGCUGUACCUAAGAGAAUUCUAGAAUUGAUGAAUGUACCCGGUUUAACUAGAGAAAAUGUUGCUAGUCAUUUGCAGAAGUUUAGGUUAUAUUUGAAGAGAUUAAGUGGGGUUGCUCAACAAGGUGGCCUUUCUGGUGCAUUUUGUGGUUCCUUGGACUCGAAUGUAAAACUUAAUUCUCUUGGAAGAUUUGACAUUCAAGCAUUGGCUGCCUCGGGACAGAUUCCUCCGCAAACAUUAGCAGCACUUCAUGCAGAGUUUCUUGGUCGACCAACAGGAAGCCUAGUCACAGCAUUAGAUCAACCAACUUUUUUACAAGCAUCAUCUAUACAGGGUCCCAAAUGCUUUCCUGUUGAACAUGGUGUCGCAUUUGGCCAGCCAAUAGUAAAAUGUCCAUCUAAUAUUUCAAAACAUUAUCCUCAAAAUAUGGUAUCUAUUGAAGAAAUUGCUUCAGGAUAUGGAUCAUGGCCUUCUAAUAGCGUUGGUACUGCAGGGUCUAAUAGCAAUUUCAGCGCUAUGACUACUCAAAAUGGCAACGUGCUGAUGGAUAUAUUACAUCAUCAGCAGAAACAGCAGCAACAACCACAGCAGCAGUCACUACCAGACCCCAGCCGUUCAAUUAAUGUGCAGCCAUCUUGCCUUGUUCUCCCUACUCAAUCAUCAGCCAGUUUUCAGGCAGGAAAUAGUCCUGCUUCAGUUAAUCAGAGCAGCUUUAAUAGGAAUGCAGUUAUUGAUUACAAUCUUCUGUCCUCUCAUGCAAACAGUUCUUCAUUAAACAUUGGGCGCAUACAAGAUGGGGAUCUAAAACCUACUGCUGUUGUUAAUGGUUACAUAACCACUGGUUCAUUAUCUCCAUCUGCAUCAUCAUGCUCUGUCAAUGUUGAUAGUGGAGCCACUCAGCAAGUUCAGAAUCCGACUGUAGUCUUUGGAGCUGUCAGACAAUCACCAGGGCUUUCUCCUAAUAUUUAUGACGUCCGGGGUUCGUACGGUGCUAAGCCAGGCGAUCUUAAUCAAGGACCACUGAGGAAUCUUGGAUUUGUUGGUAAAGGGACCUGUGUCCCAAGUAGGAUUGCACUGGAUGAAUUUGAGACACCAGUUAGCAACUCAAGCCAUGGCAAGCUUUAUAUGGAGAACAAUAGCAAUAAAGUGAAACAGGAGCCACAUAUUGAAUUCACAGUUAGUGCAAGAGUGGGAAUUCCAGUAUCGCAGCACUAUUCUCCAAAUGACAUCAUGGGUGUUUUCUCUGAAUAGCAGGCUUGUAUUUGUGGGGAAGCUUAAGUCAGCAUAAUUGCCACGGUAAGUACAAAUAGCUUUAUAUCAUCAAAUGUUCUGAAGCUUGAUUAUGGACUCAAACCUCAGUGCUGGUCUUCUCGACCACAUAAUGGAGCGUCACUAUUAGUCGCUUAAAAAUAGAUACCCAUUCUGGGUAACUUCCAUUGAAGUGCUGGAGCGAAGCUCUACAUGCAUCCAAGUAAUAGUUCCUGUUCUUUAGUUAGUCUGUAGGUAAAAUAAAACUUUAUUAGAGUUUCAGUAGGUAGACAUGAAGUCUCAAGUGAUGAGAUGAUGUCGUAGUUGUGUAGUAAUUUGGGUAAUAACGAUGAUGAAAUGCUAAUUUGUUUAUAUUAGUAAUUUAGUAUGCAAUUGAUUUAGAAAAA